AAGGCAUUAAUGUUAUGUUUCCAAUCUUGUGGAGGAAGGGGAAACGGAAGAACCGAUGAGGCUGAAAGUGACGUUAUGACCGGGAAAGAUUAUACGUUCUCACACCUAUGAGAGCAAGCACAACCCCACAAUUUACGGAGAUUCAGAAUUGGGCUUCUUUUAUUUUCCCUCGUUGGUCUUUGUAAAGUCUUUCAUUUGACUUCCCUAGACUUCCUGAUUUCUUUAUUGACUUCGCUGGGAAGCGGUGCUUGAAGUCUGGGGAAAUGGGUUUGAUAUCUGGGCUCUUUUUCGGGAUAGCACUCGGCAUCGCUUUGAUGUAUGGAUGGCAACAUGUGAUGAAGUACCGAAGCGCUAAGCGGAUUGCGAAGGCAGUUGAUAUCAAACUCCUCGGAUCCCUUGACAGAGAUGAUAUAAGAAAAAUCUGCGGUGAUAAUUCUCCUGAGUGGAUAUCUUUUCCUGUGUAUGAACAGGUUAAAUGGCUAAACAAGCUGCUCAGCAAACUGUGGCCAUCUGUGGCAGAAGCUGGAUCCAUGGUGAUCAAAGAAUCUGUUGAGCCACUGCUUGAGGAAUACAGGCCUCCUGGAAUUACUUCAUUGAAAUUCAGCAAGCUGUCUCUCGGAAAUGUUGCUCCAAAGAUUGAAGGUAUUCGUGUUCAGAGUCUUAAGAAAGGCCAAAUCAUUAUGGACAUUGAUUUCCGGUGGGGAGGUGAUCCUAGCAUUAUUCUGGCUGUUGAAGCGGCACUGGUUGCAUCAAUCCCCAUUCAGUUGAAAGAUCUCCAAGUCUUCACGAUUGUCCGUGUUAUCUUCCAACUUGCUGAAGAGAUACCCUGUAUUUCAGCUGUUGUUGUUGCCCUACUUGCUGAG